UAGCUCUGAGUGUGUCCUUCCUUCCGCACCCAAAAACCCUAGCAUUUCGUCUUUUGUCUCAUCCAUUGGUGAACAUGUCGAGGAGAAAGACCAGAGAGCCCAAGGAGGAAACCGUCACUCUAGGACCUGCUGUUCGCGACGGAGAGCAAGUGUUCGGUGUUGUUCACAUCUUUGCUUCUUUCAAUGACACUUUCAUUCAUGUUACUGAUUUGUCGGGAAGAGAAACUCUCGUCCGUAUCACCGGUGGGAUGAAGGUGAAGGCUGACCGUGAUGAGUCAUCUCCUUAUGCUGCUAUGCUUGCCGCUCAAGAUGUUGCUCAAAGAUGCAAGGAGCUUGGCAUAACAGCCAUGCACGUGAAGCUCCGUGCCACUGGAGGAAACAAAACAAAGACUCCAGGCCCUGGUGCUCAGUCUGCUCUCAGAGCCCUUGCUCGUUCUGGCAUGAAGAUUGGUCGUAUUGAGGAUGUGACUCCGGUUCCCACAGACAGUACGCGUAGAAAGGGUGGACGAAGAGGAAGAAGACUCUGAUUGCUCAAUGAGCCUCGUCAUCGUUCAGUUGUUGUGCCCUUGACUCGAGUAGUUUCUUGGGUACAAGUUAGUCUUGUCUCUCCCUCUCUCUCCGAUUUAUCUUUCAAGUUGCUUCGAAAACUUUAUAAGCUUUUUGCGUUUUUCUUCAUCAUUGUAAACUUUUGCAUUUGGGAAUGAGAAAAAAAUGACGUUGUGUUAUCUUUA